AUGUCACAGUUGACAUCAGAUUUAUAUUUAUACAGGAUUCAGGUGAAAAAUGUGACUGAAGUUACCAUGUUUAUAUUGAUGGGAUUCACAGAUGAUUCUGAUACACAAGUUUUCCUAUUUUUGCUAUUUCUAGCAAUCUAUCUUUUUACUCUGAUAGGAAAUUUGGGACUGGUUGUAUUGGUGAUUAAGGAUUCCCAGCUUCACAACCCUAUGUAUUGCUUUCUGAGUGUGUUAUCAUUCUUGGAUGCCUGCCUUUCUUCAGUUGUGGGCCCAAAAUUGUUGGUCAAUUUCCUGUAUGAGAGGAAUGCCAUUUCAUUCCUUGGAUGUGCAGCACAGAUGUUUCUCGCUGUUACUUUUGGGACCACAGAAUGUUUUCUCUUGGCCUCAAUGGCAUAUGAUCGCUAUGUAGCAAUCUACAACCCUCUGCUGUAUUCAGUUAGCAUGUCUUCCAGGGUUUAUGUGCCACUCAUCAUUGCUUCCUAUAUUGGUGGCAUUUUGAAUGCUUCAGUGCAUACAGGGGCCACAUUUAGCCUAUCCUUUUGUGCAUCCAAUGAAAUUAAACAUUUCUUUCGUGACAUCCCUCCUCUCCUUGCUAUUUCUUGUUCUGACACUCACACAAAUCAGCUUUUACUCUUCUACUUUGUGGGCUCUAUUGAGACAGUGUCUAUACUGAUUGUCCUGAUCUCCUAUGGUUUCAUUCAGGUGGAAAUUCUGAAGAUUCAUUCUGCUGAAGGGAGACAAAAAGUAUUUUCUACAUGUGGUUCUCAUCUAACUGGGAUGUCAAUUUAUCAUGGAACAAUCCUCUUCAUGUAUGUGAGACCAAGUUCCAGUUACUCUUUGGACCAUGACAUGAGAGUGUCAACAUUUUACACCCUUGUGAUUCCCAUGCUGAAUCCCAUCAUCUACAGUUUAAGGAACAAAGAUGUAAAAAGGGCAAUGAAAAGAGUGUUUGGUAAAAAUGAAUGCAUCAAUAAAGUGCAUUUAAAAUUUUUGCUGUGCAUUUAUUUAAUCUUGGCUUUAUCAUAA